UUGAAUCUUCAUCAGUUUUGUAUUUUUUACAUGACUUGAGGUUUUAAAAAAAUGAUGAAAAUCUAGCGGGAAGUCUAGCGAUUUUGCUAUAGGGAAUUUAGCGGUUUUUAGCGGUUUUUUAGGAUCAAUCUGGCGGGAUUUUUCAAUAUGGCAUUGGCAACACUGAAAGGCUCCAUCUUGAAUAUGAUCAUUUUACUUGUUACCGUUGAAUGGAAUGUUAGCAUCGUUGAAUGCCGCGCUUUGUCUUCGACUUUUCAACUUAUUUGGCGCCUUGGCAGUUGUUGAAUUUGCGUUAGCUCGUGUCCAGUUCUUUUAUUCUGAUUGUUCGAUGCUAAAUGCCGAUUAUCGUGUGUAUGUCGAAGUAAUUUUACGCGAAUUGUUUCAACUCUCUCUACCUCGUGUUUAACGUAUAGUUUUAACUCGUAAUCCUCUUUGGAAGAUCACAUCUUCGUCAAGAAUUGUCUAUGUUCCUGUCUUGAAGUAUAAAUACCAUCUACGUUCAUCGAGUAAACGAUACCUAUUAUUCUAAUUCUUCAAAAUGGACUCCAACAACCACGUAUUCGACGAAAAAACCGCUCUGUGGCUGUUCACCGAGAAGCAGCCGAAUUUGCAAGAACUAGCUUCGUUCCAAUUCGUCUGGAAGCUGUGGUCCGAUAUCAUGUUGAGUGGCAAAUACCACGAUAUCAAGAGCGAACUAAGCAUGGCGAUUAUAAGAACGAUCUCAGUAGCGACGAAAAAAAUCGAGUCUUUGAGACUUGGUUCGUCGAUCACGAAACACACUACUCGAGCCUUCCUCACCAUUCAGCAUAGUCUUUCGCUGUGGUUAGCGUACCACAAGGAGGCAAUGCUAUGCGGAUUAGUUAUGCCUGGUACUACUGUUCGUAAGAUAACUCUGUACACUUGUCACCUGAAAUACGCCGUGUUCAAGCCCGACGGAGAAAUAGACUACGAAGCCAGCGCUCGAAAAAUGCUGAAGACCAAGAUGUUCGAUAAGAAGAUCAGUUUCGAGAUCAUGUGCAGAUUCUGCAUGGAAGACGAGUUGAAGAAGCUGCCCAUCAGUGAAGUUCGUAAACUAUCGCGAAAGUUUAGUUGGGAAAAGAAUCCUUUGGCUUGGUACUGGAUUUGUUAUCUGACCGGUGAACUCGAUACAGGUAUUCCGAGGUUUACGUUUGAAGACGGUAUGGUCCAGCGGGAGUGUUGCCCUUAUAGUUUAAUCCUGAGAUCGCUCGAUAUUGAUAAUUGGACCAAUAUACAGUAUUUCUGGAAUCGUCUGUGUAACGAGAAGGAUCAAGCGACGAGCGCCUGCGUCGUUUUGGUGAACAUCAAUUUAAACUGGUUUCUCAAGGACUUCUAUUGGAAACUGAACUCGGAGCAGUGGCGUUACGUUUUUAAUGAAAUUCCGGUCGAUAUUCUUAUCACUUUUUUCCGGCAAUAUCAAGAAAAUGAAAAGGGGCUGUUUUUAUGGAACCGUAUGAAAAGCACGUUCACCGGAGAGUUAUUCUUGUACUUGAUGCAGAGAAUUUUUCAUGAAAAAACCAAGGGCGCCGAGUGGAGUAUGCCUAUAGCGAUGGAAAUAUGGCAGACGGCCGAAGAUCAUCUCAAGAAUCACGUAUUGAAGCACGGUAAUGACAUCAUCGCCAAGAAUUUCUUCGAACCGAUGUUCAUUCGUAAAUACGAAAAAAGCCUGAUGUUUUUAUUCGAUCUGUUAUCUUUCGCAUCUGUCCAAUACAGAAAGCAGAUGAUCCUGAAACACGGCGACGAACUCUUCGUGUCCGACGAUUUACCCGGAAUUGAUAAAAUCAUCGAGCUGUGCCUUCCGAAAGCUGACGAUUUUGUCCAGUUCCAGAAAUCUCUCACCAAGUCUACCUCCAUCGCGUUACGUAUCCUGCAGCUCUUGACGGAAGGUAAAUUCGCCUACUUGAAUGAAUUCUUCGAUCAUUACUUGCCAAACGAUCUGGAGACCGAGAUGUACAAAAAACAGGCCAUCGAAUCGAACAAAAAAGGUUGCACCGGGUUCAUCUUCGAACCGACCACGUGGUCGGAAUUUGAGAAAUUAAUCGACCGAGUCUACGAUGAUCCAUCCGCUGUUGUAUCAAUUAAAAAACAAUACAUUCGUUCGUUCAAACUGAAUUUCAUCAAAGAUCGCGGUAAUAACGAACAGUUGAACUAUAUGGAAGAUAUCGUAUCUCGUUACUUGACCGAAAAAGAGGUAGCCGAAUUCAAGAAAUCUGUGUUGCUCAAUUUGGCCGCAGAAUUGCAGGAUUUCGUCUCAUCGUACGCCAAACUCGAAGACGAUUCUGGGAAAUUCGUAGACGCUGGUUUCUUGGAUAAACUCGUAUCGUGGUGCUUCUGUGUCAACGAAACAAAAUCUGAGAAGUCUCAACCAUCUUGCUCUACCAAACACGACUACGAAAACGUUGGAGAAACCGUAGACUCUGAUUUCUUGGACAAAUUCGCAUCAAUGUGCUGCGUUAACGAACAAAAAAUCAAACAAUUCAAACAAACCUUAUCUAUGGAUAAGAUUUUCACCAAAAUCAUGAGACGUUUAACGUAUUACUUACGUUCUGAAGAUUACACAGGUGCUGAAAACUUACUGUCGAACAAGGAUAAUGUGGCCACUGUGCCCAAUAAAUUCGAAUUCGCCGAUAAGAAAAUGCUACUCUCAGCCGUUGAAAACUUGGUUUUUAAAAAUGACAAUAUGGCCACUUUGCCCAAUAGCGAUGGAACCGUCGAUCAGAAAAUGCAACUACUCUCAGCUUUUGAAAACUUGCUUUCGACAAAUAAGUUUAUGGCCGCUGUAUCCGAUGAAAGCACCAAUCAGAAAAUACUCUCAUCGUUAGAAAGCUUGCUUUUUAAAAGGAAUAAUAUGGUGAUUUUGUCCGACGGAGUCAUCAAUGGGAAAAUACUCUCGGCGUUGGACGAGUUUUUCAAAUGGUAUUUUGGAGGAGUUGAACAAGCCAAGGAAUUCAAAUUGGCCAAAAUGUUCGCUUCAGAUAACCUGCAAUUGAUUAAAGAUUUGAACCGCGUGGCGAAAAAAGAUUCCGCAAAUACUGGUACUUUGCUAAAUUGGCUCUUGUGUUACGAUGAAGAGAAGAUCGCCGAAUUUAAAGCCCGAAUUACCGAAUUGAAUGCGGUGCCGAUACCACAGCAGUCUUCUGAGACUAAAGACGGAGAUAAGAUCGAUGAACCGGAGACUGUAGGCAAAUUCGAUGAUAUUCUGAAUGUUAUUUGAAAUUAUUAUUUGUUCUUUUUGUGUGGUAUUCUGAUUAAAAUUAGAUGCUGCUUGUUCUUAUUACGUUUCUUUUGACUUUUUUUUUUUUUUUUUUUUUAGAAUUUGUGAAUUAUUAUUAAGUGUUUGUUUUUUUACUGUUUUUUGACUUAGAAUAAGAUUUUACUCGUUUUCUGAGUGAUUCGCUGCAAGUUAUGAAUUUGAGUAGUUCGUAUUGGUUCUAAAUAGUAUGUUGG